UCUAUUGAUCCAUCUGUCUUCAGUUACAAAUAUUAACUCUUUUCUCACUUGUCACAUUGCAUGUGCAUGAAUAUCACCUUACUUACUCACAAAAUGUAUAUAUAGUAGGGAUAAGGAGGUUUGGUUUAGCUUAUGAUGUGAAUUUGUAUGAAAGAAUGCCAUUUGGUUUAAUACUGAUGAAGAUUUUAUGUUUUGGACCUUAGCUUAGUUUUUUUAUGAAUACUGAUUAAAAGAUAUAAUGACGUCGAUGAAAUCAUGGAGAUGGCUAAUGAGAAAAAAGAGUGGCUUGUCUGAUGGGGGUAAAUCAAGUUUCAAGAUGAAACAGCUGCCUUUUAUGGCAGUUGUUUGUACAGUAAUGUUGUUCAUUGUAUAUAGAACUACUAAGUAUCAGUAUCAUCAAGAAGAGAUUGACAAGAAAUGGAGUUUAUGGGGAAAAACCGAGGCAUAUUCUGCCACUUCUGUGAAAUUGAGAGGCUUGCCACGAGGUAUAAUACAAGAUAGUUCAGAUUUGGAGUUAAGGCCAUUGUGGUUGAGAAGUAAUUCGAGGUCAAAGUCUAGGGAUUAUUCUAACCGUAACUUGCUGGCAGUUCCAGUUGGUAUUAAACAAAAGCAUAAUGUCGAUGUCAUGGUGCAAAAGUUUCUUCGAGAAAAUUUUACAAUUAUUUUAUUCCAUUAUGAUGGGAAUGUGGAUGGAUGGUUGAGUCUUGACUGGAGUAGCAAAGCUAUACACAUUGUUGCUCAGAAUCAGACAAAGUGGUGGUUUGCCAAAAGAUUUUUGCAUCCGGAUAUAGUUUCUAUUUAUGAUUAUAUCUUUCUCUGGGAUGAGGAUUUAGGUGUGGAGCAUUUUUCUCCGUCAAGAUACGUUAAAAUUGUGAAGGAAGAAGGUUUGGAGAUAUCGCAACCAGCUCUUGACCCAAAUUCAACAGAGAUACAUCAUAGAAUUACAAUUAGAGCUAGAAACAAGCAAGUUCACAGAAGAGUUUAUGAACGUAGGGGAAGUACACGGUGUUCAGAUGCAAGUGAAGGGCCGCCAUGCACUGGGUUUGUUGAAGGUAUGGCUCCGGUUUUCUCUCGAUCUGCGUGGUAUUGUACAUGGCAUCUCAUACAGAAUGACCUUGUCCAUGGAUGGGGAAUGGAUAUGAAACUAGGAUAUUGUGCACAGGGCGAUCGAAGUAAAAAAGUAGGAGUUGUUGAUAGUCAAUAUGUUGUUCACAAGGGAAUACAAACUCUAGGUGGGAGUGAUGAUCAUGGUGCUACCAAGGUUACAAAACUUAAAAAGACAACUACGAAACAAGGUGGAGCACCAAUUGAUGUUCGAACUGAGAUACGAAGACAAUCAACAUGGGAACUCGAAGUCUUCAAAGAACGCUGGAAUCAAGCUAUUGCAAAGGACAGAUAUUGGGUUGAUCCAUUCAAGAGACACAUGAGAAGAUGGCGAGGCACUCACUAAGACUGAGUUUGCUUCCGCUAUAUAUUGCCUUCUCACCGUUCAUCCACGUGUGACCAACGCGAAUCCAAACAGAGGCUAACUCGGUUGGUCACACGAACCCAAGCAGAGGCUAACUGGGUUGCUUGCUCGGACACGUUAAAGCUUAUUUCACGGCAUUUACCUUAAUUUACAGCCAUAAUCUAGUUUUUGUAGCUAUGUGAGUUCUUAAUUCAUUCAUUUUUGAAAAUCACUUUUUUUUCUUUGUAUUCUUUUGUUUUAUGCUCCCUAUAUGUUCUUUUCUGCUUGGCACCUUUCUUUCCAUUCCCUUUUCUAGAAUAUGUGAUCACCCAAAAUACAAUUAUGAUAUGUGCAGCUUAGUAUAUUAUUAUAGAUAUAUGGUAUAUGUUCCACAUUUUUGAAGGUUAGGACAAUGUUGUUAAUAUGAGUGAGGUUUUAUGUACUGGAGUUGGUGGAUCUCAAUGGGAUGAGAUAUGGUGGUUAUUGAUUAA